UUGCAGUAAAUUUGGUAUAUUAAGAAAAUUUACAAUGUCUCAAUCUUCCGAAGAAAAAAUAUUUAUUGGUUCGUUUAUUCACUCUAACGAAUGUGGAGAGUUAAUUGUCAUCGAUCGUGGUAUGAUACACGUUAAAAACGGCAAGAUCUCCAAUAUAAUAAUAAACCCGAGUUCAAAUGAUGAAAAAAAUAAAAAUGUCAUUGUUCUUAACAACACUCAAUUUUUAAUACCAGGAUUUGUUGAUUGUCAUAUUCAUGCAGUUCAACUUCCUAAUUUAGGAGUUGGAUAUGAUAAAGAACUUCUAGAGUGGUUAGAACAUUAUACUUUUCCUCUAGAAAAGAAAUAUAUAGACGAAAAAUUUGCUGAACAAGUAUUUAAUACAGUUGUGAAACAGACUAUAAAGAGUGGAACAACGACAGCAUGUUAUUUUGCAGCUCUCUAUCCAAAAGCAUCUGUAAUACUUGGACAAACAGUGAUUAGUAAGGGUCAACGUGCUUUAAUUGGGAAAAUAAGUAUGAAUAUAACACGUAGUGAUAAUUAUUAUGAAACUACUGAAGAGUCUAUAAUAAAUAUAAAUAAAUUUAUAGAGGAUCUGAUUAAAUUAAAUAGUCCUCUAAUAAAACCAGUUAUAACACCAAGAUUUGCUUUAAGCUGUGAUAUGACACUAAUGAAAAAAUUGGGAAAAUUAGCAAAAGAAAAAGAUCUUCAUGUACAGACUCAUGUAUCAGAAAAUUUAGAUGAAAUAGAAGCUGUAAAGAACAUGUUUCCUGAAUAUCCAUCAUAUACAGCUGUAUAUGAUGGAGCUGGACUUCUUACAUGUAAAACAGUAUUAGCACAUGGAAUAUAUCUUUCAGAUGAUGAAAUUGCAUUAUUAAAUGAACGUGGUACAGCAAUUGUACAUUGUCCUUCAUCAAAUACAUGUUUAAAAAGUGGUCUUUGUGAUGUUCAAAGACUAAAAAGCAAAAGCAUCAAGAUUGGUCUUGGUACAGAUGUAUCAGGUGGACAGAGUUGUAGUAUUUUAGAUGCAAUAAGAUCAGCUUUGCAAGUAUCAAUCCAUUUAUCCUUAAUUAAGGAAAAUUAUAAGGCACUUAAUUAUAAAGAUGUAUUUCACAUGGCAACUUUAGGAGGUGCAGCAGCCCUUGCAAUGGAUAAUCAGAUAGGAAAUUUCGAAGUUGGUAAAGAAUUUGAUGCUCUUGUUAUAGAUAUAGACAUAAGUGAUGGACUUUUGAAUAAUUUGCAAAGCAGUACCUUAGAAGAACGACUUCAAAAAUUUAUAUAUUCCGGAGAUGAUCGUAAUAUUGUUGAAGUAUAUGUAAGUGGGCGUAAAGUUAAAUAAUUUAUAUUCUUGAUAUUUUAUAUCUAUCAACUGACAUAGAGACAAUGAAUAAAGACAAUUUUUUUUAAUUGUAUAUAAUAAUGCAAUCACAAUUACUUUAAUAAUGUGCUUGCAGUAUCUGUAAAAAAAUAAUCAUAAGUUAUUUGUAUAAUUUAAUAAAUGAAAUAU